UGCAUAAACGAAGGCUGAGCUCUGUUUCUCUCGUUGCUCUGUACUUGAAGAUCACUGUACUCUUCGGUUCAGCGCUCCACAGAUCUUCGCCUUCUCUGUCGGUCGGCUCUGGACUCUGAUUUUUCCUACAUUUUCUGUUAUCAGUUUCAAAUUUGGGGUUUCCCAUGGCCGUAGAUGAUUCCUGAGUCUUCUUCUCCGGCGAAGUUUGCCGUCCUUCAUGGACCACCGGCUGUACGAUGCCUGAGCUCCGUAGCAAAGCACGCCGGAGCCGGCUAUACGAAGACCCUGUCCCGAUUUCCCGCCAAACACCCAUUGAGUCAACUGUGAGAACACGCCACCGAGGGCAGCCGGCUAAACGCGGCGGAGGGAAGAGUGUUAAGCAGGGGAGAGACGCGAUCGUUGCCGAUGGUGAGAGGGAUAGAGUGAACCCUGGAAUCGGUAUUGAAACGAGGGUGCGUGAGAGAAAACACGAAGUGGGGAAGGAUAAAGACGUACUGAAGGUUGGUGGCAGAGCCAUGGAUGAGUUUGAUACCGGUGGACGGAACGGCGAUAAGGGUCCUGUAGCCGAGGAUGAAGGGACGGCUACUCCUCUUCCGGAGAAGGUUCAGGUUGGUGGUUCUCCGUUAUAUAAAGUUGAAAGAAAACUGGGAAAAGGAGGUUUUGGACAGGUGUUUGUGGGUCGACGCAUGGGUCCUAUGAGCUUGAAUGAAAGAUCUGGCCCGGGAGCUGUGGAGGUGGCCUUAAAAUUUGAGCAUAGAAGUAGUAAAGGGUGCAACUAUGGACCUCCUUAUGAGUGGCAGGUUUACAACGUUUUAGGUGGUAGCCAUGGUGUGCCACGAGUUCAUUACAAGGGUCGGCAAGGUGACUAUUUUGUCAUGGUUAUGGACAUGCUUGGACCUAGUCUUUGGGAUGUCUGGAAUAACAAUGCUCACACGAUGUCUAUUGAAAUGGUAGCAUGUAUCGCAAUUGAGGCGAUCUCUAUAUUAGAGAAGAUGCAUUCUAGAGGGUAUGUGCAUGGUGACGUGAAGCCUGAAAACUUUCUGCUUGGUCCUCCAGGAACCCCGGAAGAGAAAAAGUUGUUUCUUGUAGAUCUUGGUUUAGCAACCAAGUGGCGAGAUAGUUCGACUGGUCAACAUGUUGAGUAUGAUCAACGGCCUGACAUUUUCCGAGGAACAGUUCGGUAUGCUAGUGUGCAUGCACAUCUUGGCAGAACUGCUAGUCGAAGAGAUGACUUGGAAUCGCUUGCUUACACUCUUGUUUUUCUUAUUCGUGGUCGGUUGCCAUGGCAAGGAUAUCAGGGCGAAAAUAAAGGAUUCCUCGUGUCCAAGAAGAAGAUGGCUACGUCCUCUGAAACAUUGUGCUGUUUUUGCCCUCAGCCUUUUAGACAGUUUGUUGAGUAUGUUGUAAAUUUGAAAUUUGAUGAAGAGCCAAACUAUGCAAGAUAUAUCUCCCUCUUUGAUGGGAUUGUCGGUCCAAAUCCCGAUAUCCAUCCAAUAAACACAGAUGGUGCUCAGAAACUUAUAUUUCAGGUUGGGCAUAAGAGAGGAAGGCUAUCCAUGGAGGACGAAGACGAUGAACAACCGAAGAAGAAGGUUAGAAUGGGGAUGCCUGCAACUCAAUGGAUUAGUGUUUAUAACGCCCGUAGACCAAUGAAACAAAGAUAUCACUAUAACGUUGCUGAUAUGAGGCUCUCUCAGCACAUCGAGAAAGGGAAUGAAGAUGGUUUGUUUAUUAGUUGUGUUGCUUCAUGUUCGAACCUUUGGGCCCUUAUUAUGGACGCUGGAACUGGAUUUACUGCUCAAGUUUAUGAACUCUCACCAUGCUUUCUUCACAAGGAGUGGAUCGUGGAACAGUGGGAGAAAAACUAUUACAUCAGUGCAAUAGCAGGAGCUAAUAAUGGGAGCUCAUUGGUUGUAAUGUCCAAAGGGACUCAGUACCUCCAGCAAUCCUAUAAAGUCAGCGAUUCAUUUCCCUUCAAGUGGAUACUUAAGAAAUGGAGGGAGGGAUUUUACGUUACUGCCAUGGCUACCGCCGGGAGUAGAUGGGCUAUUGUCAUGUCUCGUGGUGCAGGAUUUUCGGACCAGGUUGUGGAACUAGAUUUCCUGUAUCCUAGCGAAGGUAUUCAUCGCAGGUGGGAUAAUGGUUACCGCAUCACGUCAACUGCAGCAACUUUGGACCAGGCUGCGUUUGUUCUGAGUGUGCCAAGGCGAAAGCCCGCUGAUGAAACUCAAGAAACACUCCGAACAUCUGCCUUUCCUAGUACACAUGUCAAGGAGAAAUGGGCAAAGAACCUUUAUAUUGCAUCUAUUUGCUAUGGCCGAACCGUUUCAUGAAACACCCCUAAGUCGACACCACUUAGAGCCUGCAAUUUUUAACAGACGGUGCUCUUCUCUGGGCGGAUACGAAUUUUUAGGAUACAGUUGACUGGGGAAAAUGGAGUUGAUGUAGCUAAACUGGUCAUUGACGUCGCCACCGUACUGCAUCAGAUACAGGCACCUAUGCUCUGACUUUCAUUCAUGUUAUUCAAGUAUGAGCUAAAUUUAGAUCUUUCAUGUCUCUGGGGUUUGGGUAUUUUUACCAAUUUGUUAAAGGUUUUGUAUAGUCUUGAGCACUAGUUCUUGGUUGAAGGCAUGUCCACAGCAUAGGGUCAUCUUUUCGGGGCGUCGGGGAAUGUGCCGUUAUAGAUAUCGAGCAUCAGUGGGCUAUGGGUAUUCAUAUCCAUCUUGCUUGUACUUAGAUCCAUAUCUCCCACCUUUUUGGAACUGAGGAUAUUCUACGUGACAUUUUUAGUGAAUUUUUAUCAAUAUAAUCAUUAGUUAUUUUUACUUUUA